UCUCUCUCUCUCCGUCUCAGAAGCACAGGGCGGCCGACAGACGCAGAGGCAGGUCUCCUCACUGCAGCUCCAGGUCUAUAUCUUCCUAUCUGAGCCACUAUGAACCUUGUGAACACCAGCCAGUGGUUCCUGACGCAGCCCUCUCCCAGCCCAGCAGGACCCAGUAAAGGACUGGGCUGUACUAAUACCUGGCAGGCAGAGACAGGUCGCAUCACUCAGAUGGUAAUCACCAUACUCAUCUUCCUGGUGGGCGUGUCCUUGAACAGCCUAGUGGUGUACGCGUUGGCCUGGCGUGGGCGUGGCCGCCUGACGAGGCGUGGCAGCUUGGGCAAAGGGGAGACGCGUGGCGCCAGCAGCUUCCGUGUCUACGUAGUGAACCUGGCGUUUGCUGACCUGGUUCUCCUCCUCCGCACCCCCCUGAUGCUGGCGUACCUGGCCCACGGCUGUAGCUGGCCCAUGGGGAAACUGGUCUGCCGCCUGGUGGUAUUCCUGAGAGGCCUGGGGCUAUACGCUGCGGCCUUCCUGCUGUGUGCCGUGGCUGUGGAGAGAUGUCUGUGUCUCCUCAGGCCGGUCUGGUCCAGUCUGAAGCGUCCUCGCUGGGCGGUUCCUCUGGUGUGUGGUGUCCUGUGGGGUUUGGCUGCUGCCCUGGCUGCCCCCUACCUCCACACUGCCGACCUGCUGGAGAUCAACGGUACUACCCAGUGUCUGGAGAGCCUAGGGUACAGCAAGGGGCUGUUUGUGACAGAGACGGUCGCUGGGUUCAUCCUGCCGUUAACAGUGUUCCUGGUGAGCAACGUAGCCGUGCUGUGGAGCGCCAGGCAGGCAGGGGGCGCCGGACCGACCUCUCCAACCUCCUCUUCGGCGACUGCGAGACAGAUGGCCAGGCUGUACCGGGUCCUCUUCCUCACCAUGCUCCUCUUCCUCUCCUGCUGGGUGCCCUACUUUACCUGCCGCUUCCUGCGGGCGCUGGCUGCAGGGCGGGCCGACCGGGCGGGGCUGUACCGGGCGUCGUUCACGGGGGCAUAUAUCUCUCUGUUCCUGGUGUACCUGAAGAGCUCCCUGAACCCUGUCCUCUACGUGUUCGCUGCGCGAGGCCUGGGGCGCACCGUCCGCGCCUCGCUCCCCUCCACCAUCGAGAGAGUCUUCAAUGAUGACUUGUCUGACUCCAAGAGUAGACGGACCCUAAGGAGGGACGAUUCACAGAUCUAGUGCCCUAAAAAGCCCUGUUAGAGACCGUACAUAUGGGAGAUUCACAGAUCUAGUGCCCUAAAAAGCCCUGUUAGGGACCUUGCAGUUUUACUAGCAGACUGUAGAGAUCCACUGUGACAUACUGUGUAUUACUGCAGUUUUACUAGCAGACUGUAGAGAUCCACUGUGACAUAUUGUGGAUUACUGCA